UAUCACAUUGUUCGAGGAACCCUAGAUGCUGUCGGAGUAAAGGAUCGCCAACAAGGUCGUUCUAAAUAUGGGGCAAAAAAGCCAAAAUAAAUUAUUUUAGUCCCUAUAAAUUAUAAAAAAAUGGAUUCUCCCUUUUACGCUCAUGUCACGGCGAGGUACUGCAGAAAAAAAAACCGCAAAAUCCGAUCCAAUUUAUCGUAAUCGAUUAGUUAACAUGUUGGUUAACCGUAUUAUGAAACACGGAAAAAAAUCAUUGGCUUAUCAAAUUAUCUAUCGAGCUAUGAAAAGGAUUCAACAAAAGACAAAAACAAAUCCACUAUAUGUUUUACGUCAAGCAAUACGUGGCGUAACUCCCGAUAUAGCAGUAAAAACAAAAACAAGACGCGUAAGCGGAUCGAAUAAAAAAGUUCCCGUUGAAAUAGGAUCCACACAAGGAAAAGCACUUGCCAUUCGUUGGUUAUUAGGCGCAUCCCGAAAACGUCCGGGUCGAAAUAUGGCUUUCAAAUUAAGUUCCGAAUUAGUGGAUGCUGCCAAAGGGAGUGGCGAUGCCAUACGCAAAAAGCAAGAGACUCAUAGAAUGGCAGAGGCAAAUAGAGCUUUUGCACAUUUUCGUUAAUCCAUGAGCAGGGUCUAUAUACACACAUAGACCUAUGUAUGGAUCCAUACAUAAUUAUAAUUGGAAAAGAAUCAAUAGAAAAAGAAUCGGAAUUAAUCGAUAUAUCUAUCGAAACGAAAGACGAAAUAGAAAUGAUG